AGCGGUGCCGCCUCAUCUUCCUUCCCUCUCGUCAUGGCGCAACUCCCUUGCCCCGCCGCCGCCGCCGCCGCUAAUGUAGCGGCCGGGAAAGAAGAGACUGCCACCUGGGAGGACGCGCUGGACCUGGAUGACUCCGACAUCUGCUUCGUUCCCCCUCCCCUCCCCUACUCAUUCGACGCCACCGCCUCCCAGCCCCAGCAGGACAAACCCCCGCACUCUUUCCACCACCAGCCCCACCGCAUCCCCGGCCCCACUGCCGCCGUCCAGGACACGAUUCUUCCCCGCUCCGCCCCCCGUCCGCCUCUCUCAUCGAGACGCGGGGACGCCGACUUCCUGCUGCCCCCGUGGCUCUGCGCUCUCCAGUUCCUUGGGAAGGACCGCGCGUGGGAACGGCCGGGUAUCAGGACGAUUAAGGACAACAAGGAAUUGAUUCGAGCACCUUUGGUGGCUGGGGUGGUGACGUUGUGCAGGCCAAACGGGCUCGGAGAUCUCUUCUUGGUUCUAAAGGAUCCAACCGACUCAAUCGGUGCUUCAGUUCACAAGAAAGUUCUUUUGGAGGAGAAUAAUGGCCAUGAUAUCUCAAUUGGGUGUGCUGUUGUUUUUAUUAAGGUAGCUGUUUUCCGUCCGUCUGACAAGUUGUGCUACCUCAAUGUUACCAAAGGAAAAGUGAUCAAGGUUUUUAGUAAAAAUUGUGCUGCCCCAGCUAAGCAAGUGAUUUCACCAAAUACUUCUGAAAGAAGUCAAGGCGAAGAUUCUGCCAGCAAUACAAUGAUGAGAAUUUUAGGUCGUGAAGACAUGAUGCCCAGUAACGAGAUGACAGUUACUGAGGUUUCUCAUGAACACAGUGCAACACCUGAUUCAACUAAUUGCACUUCAACGUGGGAUAUUUAUGGUAGGUUUAGUUUGGGAAGUAACAAGGAAGAUAAAUUGCUGGUAGGAGAUCCGCAUAACAAGCAUACAUCAAGCUGCAGUACUGAUGGGCAUCCCCAGCAAAAUUUGAGUAUUCCAAACACUAUAGGUUGCUUCUCAACCCCGAAAGAAAAUGUUAAUACCAGCAGCGGAUCACAUCUCAAACGCAAAAAGGUUGUAUCAGAAUGGACAGAUGAGCAGCUUUCUGAACUGUUUGCUGACUACUAGCAUUGUAGUAUAUAUCUGAUAAACGAGUUGUUAGAUUUCUAGAAGUCAAUGUAUUGCAGUUAUAUUACUGAUGUGAGCUUUGUAAGAACUUGACAAGUUUUGUACAGUUGCACCUAUAGCAUCUAGAGCUGUGUAUGGUUGUUGUCCAGCUCACUUUUCUGAAACGGUUGUCAUGCCGGUCUUUCAUUGUAACAAUUUUAUGAAUCUGCCUUCUGAUAAUUGAACUAAAGAUAAUUGUGUCA